AUGCUCAUUGGAAAUAAGGCAGAUGUUAAUGCAGCUGAUGAAAAUGACCACUGUCCACUUAUGCUGGGAAUAACAAAUUUUCAAAUAACUCAAGAUUUCAUUGAAAAUGGAGCAGAUAUUAAUAGACGUAAUAGUAAAGGAGAAUCUCCUUUGCUUCUUGCUACGGAAAAAGGCCUGUGUGAUGUCGUGUCAUACCUUCUGGACAAGGGAGCAACUACUGAAACCAUAGAUUAUUCUGGUACGCCCGUUUUUCAUUUGGCCAUUCAAGGAAAUUUAAGAAAUAUCGCGACAGCGUUCAUAGACCAUGGUGUAAAUGUGAAGUGUUGUGACCCAUAUGGUGUUUCUGCCUUAAAUAGAGCAGUAGAAAUAAACUUACUAGAUAUGGUAAAACUUUUAGUGAAAAAUGGGGCAAAAGUCAACGCUGGAAAAAAGGACCAAAUUUCAGUAAAAGAAUUGGCUUAUUAUAACGAUUUUGAUGAUAUAUUUGUCAUCCUCAGUAAGGAAGAUUGA